AUGUGUGGCGCCUCGUCCGGUUUCUUUGCGUGGGUGGUUGCCCCAAACCACUCACUUUCGCUUGGGAACCGGAAUUGUAUGCUGAGUGUCGUCGACGCCGCCGCUUUUGGGGUGACUGGAGAGAGGCUCUCCAGCCAGUCGGCGCAGCAGCCAUGUUGGGACAGCAACCCGCUGGGAACUUUCCAGUUGCAUCUGAGCCGCGCCUGGCAAGCGGGCGGCAUCAGGAACGUCGUCUUGAGCAACCCUCAGCGAAGAAAUGCUCUCUCGCUCGCCAUGCUGAAGUCUCUCCGCGAGGACCUUCUGCGUGAUAUCGACAGCCUGGAUCUACGAGUCAUUAUCAUUUCAGGCGAAGGACCUGUUUUUUCCUCAGGACAUGACUUAAAGGAAUUAUCUCCUGAGACAGGCAAGAAAUAUCACCUGGAAGUCUUCGAGACCUGCGCUGAACUCAUGACCUUGCUUUCAAAGCUGCCGGUGCCUGUAAUCGCCAAGGUCAAUGGCCUCGCCACUGCCGUUGGCUGCCAGCUGGUGGCAAGCUGUGAUAUCGCUGUGGCAGGUGAGGAAUCCAGGUUUGCCACCCCCGGAGUAAACGUUGGUCUGUUCUGCUCAACGCCAGCUGUGCCCGUGGGGAGAUCUCUCCCUAGGAAGGUGGCCCUGGAGAUGCUGUUCACAGGAGAGCCCAUAACGGCUCGGGAGGCACUUCUUCACGGACUCAUCAGCAGGGUGGUACCCGCAGAGAAGCUGGAAGACGAGACGCUGAGAAUCGCCCACAAAAUAUGCGAGAGCAGCCGGUCUGUUUUAGCUCUGGGGAAAGCCGCCUUUUACAAGCAGAUGGCUCAAGACGUUGACACGGCCUAUAGGACGACUUCAGGGGUCAUGGUGGACAAUCUUGCCCUGGAGGACGGACGAGAAGGGAUCGAAGCCUUCCUCUGUAAACGCAAGCCUGUCUGGUCACAGUCCGGACGCAAAGGAUCCCCGUGAGCUUCCUAUGGGACAAAUCACACUCGAAAGCCGCAUCCAACAAUAAACAGGGUCUAGGG